AUGCUGCUCGCAUUAUACUUGAUAGCGAGGCGCUGCUUCAGGCCCCCCGCGGCGGCACUGACGCCCAUGGGCAACCCGCUGCCCCUGCAGCUGCACGCCUACCUUCCCGAGGCAGCCACGCUGGGCCGCCGCGUGCUGGUGGUGGGCGACAUCCACGGGUGCUACGAGGAGCUGCUAGAUCUGCUGGAUAAGUGCAGCUACGCCCCCGGCGAGGACGUGCUGGUGCUGGUGGGGGACCUCGUCAACAAGGGGCCUCGCUCGGCAGAGGUGCUGCGGUUUGUGCGUGACGGCGGGCCGCUGGUGUUUGCUGUGCGGGGCAACCAUGACGACUCCUCCCUGGCCGCCUACACACGCCUCAGCUCCGGCGACGGCCCGGCGGUGCGGCAGCGGUACGCCUGGGCCCGCGACCUGGAUGCCAGCCUGGCGACGGUGCUGGAGCAGCUGCCCUUCACGCUGCGCCUGCCCGCGUAUGACGCCUUGGUGGUGCAUGCCGGCCUUGUGCCCAACAUACCUGUGGGCGAGCAGCGCAUGAUGGACCUGCUGCACAUGCGCAACGUGAAGCCAGCCAGCGGAGCGGCGGCGGAGGCGCCGGGCCCAGACGGCGGCGCCUUGGGCAGCCUGGCCCUGAGCAGCGGAGAGGAGGUGGAGGCGGAGGGGGAGGAGGAGGCGGGGGAGGUGGAUCGCGGGGUGGCAGGCAAAGGCGAGGAGGGCGGCGGCAGCCCGCGGGGCGUCUGCCAGGCGGCUGCGGCUGGCAGCCUGGCCACCAGCGACGACGCUAGCAGCGGCGGCACGGGCGGUGGAGACGGCGGCAGCAGCGGCAGCGCGGCGCCAAGCAGAACGGGGGCCAGCAGCGGCGGCCCCAGCAGGAGCAGCAGCGGGGCGCCGGCUGGGCAGACCAGCUGGCAUGCUGCACUGCUGGCUUACGCUCAGCUGGGGAUGAGCGAGGAGGAGCAGCGGCAGGGGCGCAGCAGCAGCAGCAGCAACGGCGGCGGCGCUCCCGACAGCGUGCAGGCCGCGGCCGCGGCCAGCGGCGUGCCGGCCGCCGCCUCAACCCAGCAGCAGCAGCAGGCGCUGCGCCGCCCGCAGUGGCCCCCGCCGCAGCAGCAGCCGCAGGCGCCGCGGGAGGCGCCGGCGGCGCAGCAACACUGGAUUGCGGCGGCGGACAAGGUGCCUGGUGGCCUGGCCUGGGCCUCGGCCUGGGAGGGCCCUCCCCACGUCUUCUUUGGCCACGACGCCCGCCGCCUGGUGCAGCUGGAGCGGUGCGCCACGGGGCUGGACGGCGGCUGCGUGUACGGCAACACCCUGUGCGCCGCCAUCCUGCCACCGCUGGACGCCAGUGGGGCGCCUGCGGUGGAGGCGGCGCGGCCGCCGCCCGACGCGCGGCGCUUCCAGCUGUGCACCGGCCUGCCCGCCUUCCUGGUCAGCGUGCCGGCGCGGCAGGUGUGGUGCGAGCCCGGCAAGUAG